CCCCGCGGGAGCUAAACCGGUUCGCUGUUUGUGGGUGCGCUGUUUGACAACCGACGAAACGAAUGGUGGAAAAUAUUUUGCGUAAAAUUCAACCAAAAAUCGUAGUUUUUUCGUUUGAUUUGAUCCAUUUUCGAAGAGAACCGACGCUAAAGUGAACCCAGCGCGCCACGGAACACGGUCCGGCUCGAAAAGAUGCCCACGGCAAGCGCCUCGUCAUGGGUGAAGUUCUUCACCAAUGCCGGCAUUCCGUCGCAGGCGGCCGCCGGGUACGCGCAUGUUUUCGUUGAGAACCGGAUUCAGAUGGACAUGCUGAUGGAUUUGAACAAGGAGUACCUGCGGGAGAUGGGCAUCACGACGAUGGGGGACAUCAUUGCCAUCCUGCGUCACUCGAAGACGGUGUGCGACCAGAGUGCCCGCGACCGGGUGCUGUCCUCGCAGUCGGCGGUCGUCGAGGGGCCAGCACUGCCGGAACACUUGGCCAAUCUGGUCCCGGUGGCGGCGGUUUCCGCCACGCUGAGCAACCCACCCAAAUCGGCGGUGUCCCGCCCCAGCUCGGCGGUGUCUCUGCCGAGCAAAUCGCGGAAAGUAUUUUCCGAGCACAAAAUCACACUUCCGGCUGGCGGCGGCGGAUCUUCCACGAACAUUGUGCGCACCAUCAACGAGGGUUCGGACAAGAAGGCAUCGCUGGUGUCGACGGUCGGUAGCUUAGGCAAGCGGAGUGCCGUUUUCAAACGGCUCGAGCGCAACUCAAAUGACGACGACGAGGAGGAUGGAGAAUUGGACGACGGCGUUGACGAUGUCGGAAACGGACGGGAACCGCCGAAGAAGAUGGCCUCGAAGGUCACGCUCAAAGGUAUUGAGGCGCUUGGGAAGAAGAGUGCCAGUUUCGGUGGCGGCGGAGGUUCAAUCUUUUCGCGGCUGGGCGAGAAGAGCAACCAGAGAGAGCAGAAUGAUGGAGCGCCCACCGGGAUACUGAAGAAGUCACCGCAACAACCCAUCCGCAAACUCCCUCCCAAAACCCAGAACGUCAUUCUGGUGAAGAAGAUCCCUGCCAAGGCGGUCACGGCAGGUGACGACCAGUCGCUCUCCUCGCGACGGCGCAGCUUCUCGGACGGCGAGCCAGCCAAAUCCGUAUCCUUCUCGAAGGAGGACGAAGUGCUCGAAAUCGAAUCCCGUCCCAAGGGACUCAUCAGCCCCAAGGGCCGGAUGCGCUUCCAGGACCGGGAACUCCCCGUUCGGGCACGCCUCGGCGGCGUUCACUUCCCAGCCGGGAAACGUCGUCCGCCCUUCCCAAAUCAACAGCCAACGGCGGCGUUGAACUCCUCCACCUCUCCCCUGCGAGGCACGAAAAAGACUGUCCUGAUGAAAGCCGGCAACGUGACCACGCUGUCUCCUGCGUCGCUGUCGCGUUCCAAAAUGAAGGCCGACGCGAUGCUGCUGCGCAACGAAACGCCCAUCCGGAACCGGCUCAGCCUGGGGUCGUCCGAUGGGGGCGGUGGCAGCAAAUCUCUAGCUUACCGUAAGGAUCGGUUCAGCUUGGACUCGAAGUUGGCCAACCUCAAGCUGAAGGGAGGAAUCAAACCGGGCAAGUUGGUGGCCGCCGGACGACCGAUGGCGGCGAAAAAGUUCAAGGAACCGGUCGGAGGGUCGAGUGUGUUCGAUCGGUUGGGGUACGGACGGAAGUGAGCGGGAGAGGAUAAUCUUGAUUGACUGUCGGAUAGCGCAGAGAGGAAGGCACGUUGGUUUGCAAAAUUUGAGCAUUUGUAACGAGUUUACUACAAAGUAAUUAUGAAAAUAAAGCUCUCGUAUUACACUACGUAACAAAG